AAAAUUUACCGACAAUUUCUAGCUAACAGAUACCUCGUGUGGUUAUCACUGGACACACACACACACACACAUACCUAAGCCAUUAGCACCGCGAUCAUAUAGUUUAGUUGAAUGAGUUGUUUGGAUUAGGACAACCUAAAGAUGAAAUGAUUAAAAAAAAGAUGGAUAAGCCAUAGUCAUCCAUCCAUUCAUACGGUCUACUACUUAAUAGUGUCUUAGUUUUUUUUUAAACAACAAUCACAAGAAACAAGUAAAUUGAACAUUGAAUACAACAACACCACCAUUGGCCUCAACACAUGUCGGCGCCAACACUUAACGGCUCCAAUGUUAGCAAACAGUCGGUUGUAAUGUCCGGUCUAUUUGAUUGUCAGGACUGUAACAUUGGUUUCUCGUCGUUGGCUUCGGUUACUAAUCACCGAAAGUCUGUUCAUAUUGGCGGCCAAUUCAAAUGUACAUACAGUGGAUGUAAUAUUAUUUACAUUACAGAUAGACAAUUGAAGAAACAUAUAAAAGUGAAACAUAAAGACACUGUUGGUACUAAUGGGACAUCACCGCAGUCGCAGAUUCACUGCAAUUACUGUGGAAAACAUUUCAGAACUCGGGAUAAACUUUUAAAUCAUCUUCAAGUGAUUCACUAUUAUUGUCAAAAAUGUUGUUUCCGUUUCAAAAGUAAGCAUUUAUUAGACAAACAUAAAAGCAGCGGUCAUUUGACAAAGCCGUCCGCUAUGGUGUCGCUGAAGGGUAUCGAUGAAUACAUUUGCCACAUAUGUAAACAAUGUUUCAAAAAACAAAAACAAUUGAAAACUCAUCAAAAUCUUAAGCAUACCGUUGAGAUUAUUACUAAUGAUAAUGAAAAUAGUAAUUUAACGAAUCAAUUGACCUCAUCAUUAACUACUGGUACCAGUGAUCAAAGUGAAUCAGAUGAACAAUUGCUAAUUAGACAGACCAUCAAUAGGAUUAACCAAAGUGUACGGGGAUGUGGCAGUUGUCAAAUGUUUUAUAUAUAUAAGAUUUUUUCGGCACAUAUGCGAAAUGAUCAUCAAAUCGGUUCGUUUGCACCGUACAUAUGCUAUUGGGAGGGUUGCUAUCAAUCAUAUCAGACGGACAUUGAGUUGAAUAAACACCGGAAGACACAUCCCAACAAUGGCUGUAAUAGAUUUGAGUGUCAAAUCGGUAGAUGUGGUCAUGUAUUGGCUACACAUACCGAACUAGUCAAACAUAUGAGAGCCAAUCAUUCAAUGUUUAUUAGCUAUAUUUGCAACUAUUGUCCGGAAAUGACGAUGAGAUGUCCGUUAAUAGAGCGUCAUAUGACUGUACAUCACCUUAAGUUUCCGUGUCCUCAAAGAGGUUGUGAAAAAAGUUUACCACUGAAGAGGGUCUCAUUCAUCACACUGUUCUCGACCAUCUGAAUUCGUACGCCAGUUAUCGUAGAGACAGAGAUAUGCAGUUGAAAAUACCGGCACCGGUACAUCUGGUAGAAGUGCCAGAAACUAAUAACAACAGUUCAGUACAAAUGGCACCGGAAAUUGAAUUUUGCUGUCAUUUUGAUGAUUGCGGACAAUAUUUUGGUGAUAUGAAUGAGUUGUCUAAACAUUAUUGUGAAGAUCAUUAUAAUCCUUCAAUUACUAGUAAUAUAAAUAAUAAUACAAUUACUACUAUUACUAGUAAUUCACUGCCAAUACCUCAAUCAGUGCCUUCUCGAGAUCCCCGUUCAAGACCUGCCAUAUUGGCCAAAGAUAUUGUACUACAACAGCAAGAGAUGUGCUUCAGAUGUGACGCUCCGGGAUGUGGCCAACAGUUCAGGCAAAAAGUUGACUUUUAUCGACACAAAUACAGUGUUCAUAUUAAGUUUAUUUGUGAUUUUGGCGAUUGUGACCAACAAUUUCCGACACAUAAUGAAAUGAUUGUUCAUAAAACUGUUGAACACUACAAAUUUAAAUGUGAUUAUUUCGGCUGUACCGAUGGUUUUGGUGAUCAGUCAGCGCUCGAGUGUCACAAACGUGAUAAACAUAGCACCCAAAAAUGUGAUUAUUUUGGUUGCAAUCUGUGGUUCAAAACGGAGAUCGAUUUAUCGCAUCAUAUGAACAGUCAUUACGGCGACAAUUGUUAUGAAUUGUUGGUCGAGACAUACAUUCAAAAGGGGUCAUAGUUUUGAAGUUUUUUUUUUGGUCACAAAAUUGUUGUUAAAAUUAAUUGAAAAAUCCUUUAAUACUGUAAAUUUUUUAUGUGUCAAAUUACAAAUUUUUUAAUACAAUAAAA